AUGUUCACUUUAUAUAUCUAUCUAUCUAUCUAUCUAUCUAUCUAUCUAUCUAUCUAUCUAUCUAUCUUAUUAAGUACCAGUACUGGUUACAGUUUGAAAUGUAUGCGAUAUUUCUGCUGUACCCUGUAUUUUGAAACUAUACUGAUUCCACUCUUUCUUUCCUACUUUCCUUCCUAUUUUCUUUACUUCCUUCCGUCUUUACCUUGUUCUUUCUUUUCUUCUUUCUUUCCUUUUUUCCUUUUCUCUUUCUUUCUUUCUUUCUUACUUUUCUUCCUCCUUUCUUUCUUUCUUUCUUUCUUUCUUACGUCUUUUUUCAUUUCUUCUUUCUUUCCUUUCCUUUUUCCUUCCUUCCUGCUUUCCUUCCUUCUGUCUUCCUUUUUUCCUUCCGUCCCUCGUUUGUUCUUUCCUUUCAUUCCUUUUUACUUUCCUUCCUUCCUAGAUUCCUUCCUUCCCUCCUUCCUUCCAUCGCAGUUUCUAUCUUUUGUUUCUUCUUUUCUUCCAUUUUUUCUUCCCUUCUUUCCUUUCCAAUUUCUUUCCUCCCUUCCCUCCUCCCUUUGUUUUUCUCUUCCUUCCUUCCUUCCUUCCUUCCUUCCUUCCUUCCUUCCUUCCUUCCUAUUUUUUUCUUUCUUCCUUCUUUUUUCUUUUCUUCUUUCAUUUCUUCCUUCCUUUGUCUUCUGUUUUCCUUUCUUCCGUCCUUUCUCUAUUCCUUCCUUCCUUCCUUCCUUCCUUCCUUCCUUCCUUCCUUCCUUCCUAGUUUCUUUCUUUCUUUCUUUCUUUUGUUUCUUCCUUUCUUCAUGUCUUUCUUCCCUUUUCUUUCCAUUUUCUUUUCUUCCAUCCUUCCUUUUGUUCUUUCUUUCUUUCUUUCUUUCUUUCUUUCUUUCUUUCUUUCUUUCUUUCUUCUUUGACCCUUCCUUCCGUUCUUCCAUUCUUUCCUUCUUUUUUCCUUCUUUUUCCUUCUUCCUUUUUCUUCCUUCCUUCCUUCCUUCCUUUGUUCUUUCCUUUCUUUCUUCCUUUCUUUCUUUCCUUCCUACUCUUUUUCUUUCUUUCAUUUCCUCCUUCCUUGAUUCCUUUGUUCCUUCCUUCAUUUUCUUCUUUCCUUCCUACUUUCUUUCUUUCUUCUUUCUUCCUUUCUUCUUUCCUUUUUUACGUCUUUUUUCCUUUGUUCUUUCUUUCCUUACUUUUUCCUUCCUUCAUUCUUUCCUUCCUUCUGUCCCUCGUUUGUUCUUUCCUUUCUUUCUUCCUUCCUUUCAUCCCUUCUUUCUUUCUUUCUUUCUUUCUUUUGUUUCUUCCUUUCUUCCCUUCCUUCUUUCCUUUACAAUUUCUUUCCUCCCUUCAGUCCUCCCUUUGUUUUUCUCUUCCUUCCUUCCUUCCUUCCUUCCUUCCUUUCCUACUUGUCUUUACUUUUUCUUCCUUCCUUCUUUUUUUCUUUACUUCUUUCAUUUCUUCCUUCCUUUUUACUUUCACUUGUCCUUCCUACUUUCCUUUUUCUUUCUUAUUUCUUUUCUUCCCUUCCUUCCUUCCUUCCUAGCUUUUCUUUCUUUCUUUCUUUGGUUCCUUCCUUCUUUCUUCCUUCGUUCGUUUUUACUUUCCUUCCUUUGUUCUUUUUUUCUCUCUUUCUUUCUUCCCUUCCUUCCUUCCUUUUAUUUUCCUUUGUUCUUUCCUUCCUUUCUUUCUUCUCUUCUUCCUUCCUUCCUUCCUUCCUUCCUUCCUUCCUUCUAUUAUCCUUCCUUCCUUCCUUCCUUCCUUCCUUCCUUCCUUUUCCUUAAGAUUUAG